GGAGUCGAACGCUGAGAAUUCGUGUGUUGUGACCUGAAACAUCUGGAUUAGCUUGAGAAGAAGUCUCUGUUAGCUUUAAAACGUUUUGGGAUGAGUAAAUACAAGUGUAAAUGUUUAAAUAUCACUAUACACGUCAAAGAAAAAGCUACUCGCGAGACGGACGGUAAAGCGUUUGUUUCGUCUCCCGAGAAAACAGCUUUCUUCCUGCUAGAUCUCUCCGAAGUCGAAUUAGCAGUUGGUGGAAUAACGAAGGUAACUUUUAAUUCUUCAGUAUUUGCUUUAUAAGCGCAGUUCUUAGGGCCACGUCGACACUGAGUUGAUACAGACAGUUGAUGGCGACACGAUCCUGUUAUCGUAUGGGCUGACAGAGACAAAGCGCGCCAAAUCUUGGCGGGUUUUUACUAAAGUUCUGAUUCUUUAUUUGUAAUUAUUGUUCUUGAUUUCUUUGUUCUUUGUAAUCUGAUUUUUAAAAGUUCCUCAAACAUUUCUCUGAUUGCAUCAGAUUCGACAUGUCCUAUAUCAUGGUUUACCUGACAAGGUGCCUCGUCGAUGGAGCUUAGUGCUUAUUUAACUUUUGACAGCUGCAAGCUAGCGAAAAUUAAAGUAAGCUUAAAUUUACCCUAGUUUUCCAGACUAAAGGUUCGAAGCUUACAUUUUGUACAAUGUAGCUCAUAGCGAGGAAUAGUGUUAGGGAAAUCAAUGAGGAAAGUCCUUUCAUCUCAGAAUACACAUCCUGUUUCGAUAUUUUGUCGUUAUAUUUAUAAUUGCUUUUAUAGGUGACCUUUGACGUCUCUGCCCAUAACUUUUUCCUUUUUGAUUGCUUUAGGAAGUCGGAAGUCUUGUUAAAGAAACCAGAAUCGAAGACUGGGAUAUCUUCACUUGCAUUAAUUGUGGCAUGGAUACUCACGCUUUGCAUGCAGUGAAAAAGUAUGAUCGAGUUCUGAUAAAUAGAAGGUUGGAGGUAAGAAUGCAAUCAGAUAAAAUAAUUAUAGUGGGUUUAACACUGAUGAUAAUAAUUUUUUUCAAUUGUGCAUGCAUUUUUCAAACACGAAUUAAAAAAUGUUUUUAAAUUGAGGCAUAUCCUCUUUUUUCUAAGAUGGUAUAUUAAAUAAUAAUUACCAUUCCAAGCUAAUCAUCAGCUUAUGGAUGUGAAGUGGUUUUUUUCAACGACUUUAGAUGUCUUUUCUGGUUGAAAUCUAGCUGACAGACAGACCUCUGACAGAUUUGCAGUUAGUUUGCCAGCAAGCAAUAUUAUACGAUUUCCUGUUUGCCUCUGACUGUUUUUAAAGCUGCAAGUUUUAAGGCAUGGGCAAGUUCGUUAGCAAUAAGAUUGCACAUGGGCAAAUUGACUGAUUACAUCAAUAUCGUUCCACCUGUUUUUGUCAAUAAAUAAACAGGUUUUUUUAACUGGUAUUUUUUCUAUACCUACACAGACUGUCAAGUGAAAAUGAUACUUGCCAUCUUAAUCCCAGUUCAGACGCUGUGCUUCACAUGAACCAAACCAAAUUUCAAUUUCAAUUCAGACAGCUCAUCUAUCAAAACUAAAGGGGAAAAACAUGCAUUUCAGUAACUACAUUCAUUAUAACAAUUUAUGGAUUUGGUUCGACUCUUGUGAAGUCCUGUGUCUGAAUCAAUGCCAGUCCACAGCCAUUUAUAUUCCCGGCUGAACCGGGCAUAACAUGUAUAGAAAACUGAAGGCCGACGAUAAUAAGCUAUUUUUUGACAAAUAUGAUAUGGCUGCUUUUAAUUUCUGUAUGUUACUUAACUGAAUUUGUUUUAUUAUAGAGUGAUCCUGGUGUCUUCAGUGAAACUACUAGAUCGCCUGAGUAUUCAUCUAUAUUUAAAAUAGUUCUCACGCCAGUCAGGAAUAGUGAAGAAUUUAUCAUUGACAAUUCAUGUAAGUUAGUCAGGUGGGAAAACAAUCAUAUUUUAUGAGGACAAACUAUAAUAAUUAUUAAAUUGAUUUUUACAAGAACUUUAUGUUUGCUUGUCUCAUUGAUGUAGUCAGUUUGAAUGUGGGAAGAGACUCUGCUUACUACAAGUCCAGUGUUCAAUCUACGCCGCAUUUUUGCAUCAUGGACACGGAAUAUUCUGUUGUAAUGCAAAAUGAAAUUAUCAUGGAGUCAUACUACCCCAAAAUAGUUACUUCAAAUUUUAAUAUAAGUAUUUCCAAAACAGUAAUAAGUAAAUAUAAAAUAGGUGUGCUUACUAGCCUGAAAUGAGGGUACAGAAUGACUGUCAUUUCAGACUAUGUGCUUAGGGAAGGUAGUUUUUGUCUCGGGCAUUCCAUGCAAUUCUGAGAGAGACUGGAGUUUACAUUUCUUUUUUCUGCAUAAGUCUCUUUGCUGAUCGAUUCACGGUUUUAAGUGACUGGUAGUGUAGUAUUAGGUUGAUUACAUAACAAGUUGUUCCUUGGGGUUAGUAUCCUGCUAGACCUGAAGCUUUUCGGAAAUAACUUUUAUGGGAAAUGGUGAGGGUCUACAGUAAAUAUACCUGUUAUUAACCAAAUAAUGUCAGUGAUAAGAUCGACAUUUAAAAGUUACAGUACUUCAUCAUAUUGUGACAAAGUAACAAAAGCUAUAACCAGUUACUAUAAUAAUUCUCUAGGUAUCAAUGUUUAGACAGAGAGGGGGGGUACAGGCAUAGGUGUGAUAUUUGAAAUCUUUCUUUGUCCCCUCUCUGGGGAUUUUGACCACAAAUUUUGCCCCAAACAGCAGUGUUGGUAUCCUUAGAAAGAGAUAAUUUAUCAAACUUGAACUAUAUUCCAGUACCAAGGGUCGAAAAUUUGACCAAAAACUUGCAAAAAAAAUUCAAAUGCCACACCUAAGCCCCUGCAAAACAUUCAUACUGGCAUUAUUAAUUGUUUGCACAUUUAAGCUGCCUGAGUCACUUACAAUAUUUUGUAGUUCAGUGGUUUUUUUAACCGUGUCAGAAAGUAAAACCAACAUCUACAAAGAAUAACAGUGUCAAACUACUAACUAGCAUAUAAUAUAAAACUAACCUAUUUGUUGACACAUGUAAAUUGUAAAUGUAACAAUUUGAAUCAUGUGAAGAAUCAUGUGACAUUUUCAGUUUGAAGUUUCUUUAAAUAGAUUUCAUUGAUUUGGUUGUGGAUAUCAUGAUCGUAAUGCUAAAAGAUGAAAUCAUGCAAUGUGGUUAUUUUAUUUACUGAAGGGUUUAAUAUUUUGUUGCUCUUGGCUUCAAAAUUUGAAACGAAAUUUGAGUGUUAAAGGGUAACAAUUUUUCAUGACAUUCAUAAGAUAAAGGGGUUACCUGCCAACUUUGAUCAACAAGCAGUUUCUCUUCACAUGUUUGCUUCAUUUUGCAUCAUGCAUACUUUGAGAUUUGAUUUUUGGUAGAAACUGAUAUUUUUCAGUACCUAUGACAUACCUGUGAUCUGCUCACAGGAUAUCUUAUGACAUUCUAUAAAUUUUUUAAUGAGUCAUGACUGUCAUAUGUGUGACAUUCACAUGAUAUGAACAACUUCAUUUUGUUAGCAAACGUAGUAGGUUGGUCUUAAAUGGUGUAAGUAGAUAGUAGAAUUCCUGUGGAGAUCAAAACACUACCACAUCUUUUUUUGUUAAUUUCAUGUUGAGUGUUCAGCUGUAGUUAAAUUUCAGCAAGCUGUCCCGUGAAGCUCCCAAGCAUAAUAUUUAGAACAAACUAUUAUAUUGUGACCUUUCAACAACCAAUCUGCCCAAGUCAAGCUAACAGUGACUAGUGCCAGUUUUUUACUCCACGGGAAAAAGUAUAAUAUUUGUAACUCUUGCUGAUCAGUUACACUUAAGAAUUUCAUUCACAGACUCAAAUGUUAGGACCAUCUUGUACAGCGUAGUAAACAAUAUCACAUGGAAAUACUAUGCCGCACUGCUCAUUAGCUUUUAUUUGAAUAGUCAUAUUUUGGAAUUUCAUUCACAGAUUACUACCCUGUAUCUCAUAAUUAAAAAAAAAGCAUUAUGUUUAAGAGUAGUUUUUCAUCUAAUCAGCUGUCUUAAGGAUCUCAUUCACAGUGCCAUUCUGUGUUUUGGCUGCAUGAGUGUGGUUUUAGCAUAGUUAACAAGGAAAAUAGUUAAAAUCUUAUUUUUUAUCCCAACAUUACUUCUACUAAAAGUGAGCUUAAAUUAAUUCUAUUAUUGUAGAUUUGAUUAAUUUUUAUAAAAUGUCAUUUUACAUGAUGUUAUUAAAUGUUGUACUUUAAAUAUUUUUAGAUUCUGGAGGAAGUGCUAUAUUACUUGGCCAGGACACUAUUUCCCUUGCAAUGGUCAGUGUACAAGAACAGGUCAAAAAAUACCUCGAGGCUGAGGAAAAUGCAAUGAAUGAAAGAAUAAGGUAUUUUUUUCGUAUUGUUAUUUUUCCAUUAAAGGACUUAACUCAUGCAUUUAAGGGUUGAGUAAAAAGAUGAAACGCAGAGUACCAGCAGGCUAAGAUGUACAGUACCACCCAACAAAAGUACUUUAAGGACACCUGCUUAAAGGGGCUGUGUCACGGCAGUCCAGUUCAUUUUGUUUAAUUUUGCCAAUUAUUGCCCUCAGUUGCUAUGGAACUUACAAAGAAAUUACAUGUAAAUGAGAAAAUCGGAGACUCAAGGCAAACAAAUACGUCUCUUGGGCAUUUUUUUUUGAGGUUGCAUACAGCAGAGAUACACUUUGAAAAACUGUUAGGCUGAACAGUUUUCAAAAACCCUAAUUUCAAUCCGUUUCAAUGUUCUUCAGUUUUGCCCAUCCAUGGCAUUUGUUGUAUCUGUUGUGUUAUUUUAACCUUCCUUUUAUGUUUUUAGCGGUGAUUUUUACGUUUCUGUUAAUUUAACGGGCAUUUUGUAAUUACCUAAUUAGGCUGAAUUUCGUGACUCAGCUCCUUUAAUGUGGACACCUUUUUAUUACAGACAGUUUUCCUUGACCCUAGCUCUUACAUUUUCUCUAAAUUUAACCUACUUAAUAACAAACACUUUUUAUGUCACCCUUAGGGUCUGUAUUAGUGAAGCUUGACUGUACGUUACCAGCUUCUUAUGAGAAGCAAAUGGCAUCUUGCAGGUCUUCAAACAACAAAUCUUAAAUUACGAGGAUGACCAAAUAUAUGUUUUAAAAUUUUGCAGAAAAUUUGUUGAAGAACAGAAGGCAGGUUAUUCUUCCCUGCAGUCACAAGUAUUCAAGGAUAAACAAGCUGUCUACUGGUAAGUAUGCAAUGCACACUAUUUUUUACCCAUUGUCCUCAUAAAAACCCCUAGUUACAGUGUAUUUCAUUCUGAAUGAACACUUUUUUUAUCCCUUGUGUUUAGUUCAAGGAGACUAAUUCCACUCUGAGCCUUUCUUUCUAAAUCUGAACCCAUAAAACUGUAGUAGUUUACUCUCAGACUUGAGUAGCAAGGAUGACGUGAUCUCAUUCGUUGGAAUCUCAAUCACACCUUUGUAAAUCUUUGAUUAUUGGCAGUUGUUAUAAUGUACAAUCCAUCAGGAUUAAAUUCCAUUUCUGUUAAUGAACUUUAGAUCUGGGUAUAAUACGGUAGACAAAAUCCCUCAGAAUACAGUCAAACCCAGUUAAUACAGAAGCUGAGAGGCCAUAGAAAGUGUCCAUAUUAAGUUGGUUGAAUUUAGAGAAGAUGUGCAUGUAAGGGCUUUCUUUCCUCAGGAACAAAGCAAACAACCCGUAGUUAUGUGGUGUCCUUAUUAAGCAGGGGUCCAUAAGGAGAGGUUUUGACUGAAAAACGCAAUUCAUCAUCUAAGCGUCAUUAAAAUAUACAUGUCAUGUUAGGUUACUCCUUUUGAUACUACCACAACUUUGUCAUUGAUUAUAACCUUUUCAUUUUGUGUUCUUUUGAACAGGACUAUUAAAAGAGAAGAAGAGAAGUCCUUAGAGAAUUCUCUUAUUGAAGCAAUAGCAGACAGCUCAUUGGAUAGCCCCGUUGUAUCAAAAUCUGGUGAGGACUUCUCCACCCACACUCUAGUUUUUAAUGUUAACAUGGGUUACAUAACUUAUGUAUGAUGCCUUUAAGACAGUGGUAGUGACACAACAAUAGGGAGGUUAAGAUACCACAAUGAUGGUGGUGGUGAAAACGUCACUGAAGAUUAAAAAAGUGUACGUGAACUCACCAGGAGUAAUAUCCAAGUUGAAAAAGAGAAAGAGAAUUUUGUCAUCCUUUGUUUAUGUUCUCAAUAGAACAUGAAAUUGAGCACUUUCACAUUGUAGUGAUGCAGUGAUGGUAAAGAAAUGUACCAAUAAAGUGUGCACAUGCAAAGUUGGUUUUUUCCUAAUCAAAACAUAUUUCUUUUUGACAUUUUUGUUGUUGUCGCUGUCAAGACACCUUAAACUCUCUGAUAACAGGAACUAUAUCAUGCAGAUGUUACCUUAAGUACUACCACUAUAGAAUAAGCAGUGUAGCAAAUUCCACUCUCCCCCCCAUAUCCUGCACCAAUCCCAUCCCCCUUCCUAUUUGUAGGUGUGUUGUAUUUUCUUGAGUCAUGGAAGUGGAAAGACUGCUUGCCACGUUAUCAUAAAUUUUUUUUCACCAUACGGGUCAUCAUCGGUUGAGCAGACUGAUGAUGGCUGAUCAAUUCAGUCUAGUAUUCUUUUGAUUUAACUUCAUGAGUUUCCAGCAAAAUCCUAUGUUGAAUGUAGAAUAAACAAUUUUGCUUCUAUCAAGGCCUUUCUUAGAUAAGAUACCAUAAUUUUCUGAAAUGCUUUGCACAUGAAAACCUACAUCAUUUGUGUGCUCUCUUAUAAAGAUGGGAUGUUUGCUUCUUUCAGAACUUCCUGCUGUUCCAAAGCUCACUGAAAGCCACCCUGUAAAUCAAGUUCACAUCGACACCCAAACUGUUUCUCACAAAUUUCCAAUACAUUCUGCUGCUCAUCCGUCUUCCAAAAGAAUACCAAGAAAAGCAGCACAUAAGCAAAAAGACUUCCCAACUGAAUCUGAUGUUGACCCUGUGUUUUCCCUGGAUGAUUUUACUGAUGACUGUGAACCCUUCUUUGAGUCAGAAGAAGAUGAUCUUAGUGGUGAGACAAGUAAAUUCAUUCUUUGUGAUGUAAAUAGUCAAAUAGGAAAUGAUGGUAAUUUUUGUCAUGGCAAAAGAUAUGUUUUUUUGUUUAGUAAUCUCUUUUUGUGCUCAGUCAAGUUGAGUGAUCCACAUCAUGUAUGACAUGGCUAAAACACUGCAUGCUGUUGCCACUUUUUGCCAAGACUAAACAAUGAUCAGUGAGGUCCUUAAAAAAUGCUUGAAUGUUUGGUCAGAAAAGUUGUAUGAACCCUAACCUUGGCAUCUUCUACUAAAAGACUGAGGGCUGGUUUGUUCAAAGCUGGGACAAGAUACCCUAGAGUUAGUGACAAAAUAAUUUUGAAUUCAGAUGUGAAAGCUUAAAAAGUAAAUUCAGUUUAAUAAGUCUUUUCUAUCACAAUUUGAUAAAUAGAUGGUCUAAAAAUAAUUGAGAAAAUUAUGUGUGGAAUGCUUUUAAAUAAAAGAAAAUGGAACUGAGGUUAAAGUUAAACCCUGGGUUAGCACUUAUCUGUCUUCAAACAUCUGGGCCUAGAUGUGCAAUAUAAUAGUAACUGUUAUAGGGGACUUUUCUUAUGUUGCUUGUCUGUUGCAGAUAACAGUUUUCAAGCCGAGGAACCGGCCUAUAAUCAAAGAUUUAAGGCAGUCAGGAAAUCUUCACAGUACUCUUCAUCUGUCCCUAUAACCAUGCCAACUGGGAAGAAUUCACCACCAGAGGACAAUGAUGUAUGUUACUAUACUUUUUUUGUUCAAAUGGUCAAUUGAAAGUUACGGCAGACUCACUAGGAGUUUGAAGCACGCGGACCCAGUUGUUCAAAAGUUUGAUGGCACUAUCCACUGGUUAAAUGGCUAUCGUGAUCCUAUGGAUAAGUGUUAGCAAAAACCAGGUGUAUCAUUAUGGAUAGCACCAUCCACCUUCUGAACAGUCGAGGCCAGAUUACAACUUUCAAUAUUGGGAAAAACAUCCAUGUUAUCGUCAGUAUUCUAUAGAGGUAGUCUUACCUUUAAGCCUCUUUGCCUCUUUCAUGUUGUAUAUGUGAGGUCAUGUACUUGUAACAACAUUAUGUAUUCAUUGUAUUAAGCAAGGCCGUCACUAAGAUGUCAAUUUGUGGGGUAUAUGCAGUUAGUAGCGAGGGUAUUCCCUCUCCCCCCCCCCCCCCCCUGCCCAGGAAAAUGUACCUCUGGCGCAUAUGUUUUGCCUUACUGGCCGUGAACUGUCCCUUACCUGCUGAGCUAAAAUUUUGGGAGAACAUUGAGUGCUACUUGAAAAUCAAAUAAAAGUGUUGAUAUCAGUUGAAAUAUUCCAAAUUCUGGCCUGUUCUUAGUAAAAUUACUCUACUAGUGCUAACAAUAAAACUGCUCAAAGCAUUUUUGACUAAUGAACAGGUUGAAAGCAAGGGAACGAAAUUUUGAAAACAUUUCUCUUGGAGAGUGUUAUGACUGGAAAAAUUUUUUCAGCGUAAACCUCGUUGGAUUUUUUAUGAUUACUUUUUUCUGUCCUUCUGCCAAAGCCCUCUUUUUGCAGCAGCAAGUGUCCUUUUGUAACUUUAGAUUAGUUUUCACUAAAACGUUAGAAUUCUUUUGAUACUACUCUUUAGGUGGGUAAAACACAAUAUUCUCCUUCUCCUUGUUCAGCAUUCUUUAGUCAGUUUUUUUCUCUUGAGACUGCUUAGUUCAUUAGCAGUCAGAAGUAAAACUGUUAACCAUCUUCAUUAUUCAAUGCUGACUGGUAUUUUAUUUUCUCUCCAGCUUGAAAUCCCUGAGCCAAGCAAGAUUCGAGAAUCUAUGAAGGCAUUAGCUCGCAGUGUCCAUGAUGAAACAAUGUUUGGUGAACUUCCAAGACCCAGACGGAGUACCUACUCUUUCAGAUAGUGAAGUGUGAACUACUGUUGUUUGCUAUAAUUAUUACUUUUGACAUAAAUUUUAAAGGAAGUUAAAAUGUUUUCUAGGUAGAGAGUGACAUUUGAGCGGACCUUUUCUGUGUGAGGUUUGACGAGCUCAUUUUUUGACAGAGCUAAAAAAAGUUAUGAUAUUAUAUUAUAGAGCAUUUUGUCAGGUUUAUGGAUUAGUGGGAAUUCGUAAAUCUUAACAAUAAGGCCAAAUGUUUAUCACUUUGACAUUGGUGGGCUGGUGACUUGUGUAUUGGGUACAGUAUGGUGGUGUAUCAGUUCCCUUACGUCUCCUACACUUGGAGCAUUUACCACUUCAAGUGAUACAAAAGGGCUCAAAAUCACGGUUGUUUAAAUCUGUUUGGGCUGUGAAUUGAUGUAUACUAAUUUGCAAGCUUCAGUUGAAUAUUUAUGACCGAAAUAGAUGUUGAAGAACAUGCGGUGAUGUUUGCCUGCUGGGCUGACCUUCCGAGGGCUUCGUUUUGCAGUCCUCCUUUGCCACAAGGUCUGCAGUGGGAGGAUAAGGGAUCUUCAACAUCAUUUUGAGGAGUAAGUUAAGAGAAUUUGAUAAAAGAUCAACGCACUUUCCGUUUGGUGAUCAUAUUAUAAAUUUUCAUAACCGUUCCUCUUGAUGAUGUAUCGAUACUGUUUUGAGAAAAUUAUGUUGUUCACUCAAUAAUGCACAGGAACCCACAAAUAGAGCCUGGUAGACCUGUGGCUGUUUCCAGAGAAAAACUAUCCUUUCUACACAUGUAUGGAAUUCUUCCAAACAAAUGUAUAUUGAUUUCU